CCCCCUGCAGCUCCCAGAUCCUCUUCUCCCCUCCCCCAUCCUUUGCAGGGGUAAGGGUUUUUGCCUAUGGCUUUAAGGAGGAUGUGGCUGGCCCCAGCCGCCUCACCAGCCCCUUUGUCUCAGCUCUCUCCACCCCAACAGGAAAGGGAACAAAGGGGCUGGUGAUGGAGGUGGCUCUGCAGUUUCAAGUGAAAAGGAAACGCCACCUUAAUGGGACAACUUCUUCGUCUACAUCCCGACCAUCCCUUCCUGAGGAGGCUCCGGGGUCUCCGCAAACUUCCAGGCGCCGCCGGGGGACCUGCCGUCCCUGCACCCACCCCACAGCCCCAGGGCCCAGGGCCCUGGGGGCGCCCUCGAGGCGCGGGGCGCUCACCUGUCGCGAGGCUGGUCGUGGCGCGGCGCCGCGAUCGCGCCGCGGGUCGUGGCCGGCGGGCGGCGCGGGGUGCCGGGCUCGCGAAUCUCCGGCGCCGAUCACCUCGCUACGUUUACUUGGGCCGCUUAACCCCCGCGCUGCCGGCCGAGAGCGGCCGUGCGCUCGCCCUCGAGCCAGCGGGCCAGCCGGGUUCGAGAGGGGCACUCGGCGGGGGCGUCCACGCGGACUGAGGCUGCGAGGCGAGCGGCGGCGGCGAGAACGCUGCGAGCCGGCGCGCACGGGAGUGGGUGGGGAGGGGGCGGCGCCGCUGCCCUUGUAGCCCCGGCCCUCGCCCCGCCCUCGCCCGGGGGCGCCCCCGCCGCAGCCACUCACCGGC